GAAGUGAGAUGGCUGGCUUGGAAGGUUUUGAGUUCUUCGAGAUCAUAAUUGAGAAAUCUUGCAGUAGGCAGAGGCUGCCUGACAAGUUUGCGAAGAUGCUCGCGGGCCGUGAGCCCCACAAAGUGAAGCUGCGGGAGGCCGACAGCGGGCUUCACAGGCUAUGGAAAGUGUUGGUGGUGUUUGAUGGUGAAGGCCACAUGUACCUAGGGCCCGGCUGGGAGCAUUUCGCCCGCGCCCAUGAGCUACAGCUCGGGUACUUCCUUGUCUUCCGCUACGACGGCGACGCCAUGUUCACCGUGAAGAUGUUCGACAACACCAUGUGCCGCAUGUACUACCAGCACGACGACGAUGCCAGCAAUGGGAGCAGCAGCGGGGAUGACGAGGAGCAGAGCGGGGAUGACGACGAGGAGCAGAGCGGGGAUGACGAGGAGCAGCCUAUUCUGGCUGACGACGAACAUGCUAUGGUGGUGGCUGACGACGACCCUGCUAUGUUGGUGGCGGAUGACGACCUUGCUAUGGUGGUGGCGGACGACGACCUCGCGAUGGUGGUGGCGGAUGACGACCUCGCGAUGGUGGUGGCGGACGACGACCUCGCGAUGGUGGCGGCGCCUACAAUCCCACAGCUUGGCGACAGGACCAUGCCAAUUGUGGUAGAGGAGUACAUCCGCGUUGGGAUUCGCCACUCUGAGCGCAUCAGGUUGAUGAAGGAGAAGAAGGAGGAGUGA